AUGAAUGCUUUUGGCUUGCUACUAAUUGGCCUCAUACUGUUGUGCACCACUACCACCUCCAGCCUUCAGUGUAAUCACCUUCCUUUACAGCAAAGAAAAGUGAUUGAGAACAGCCUGCGACUUUUGGACAAAAUGGGCAAAAAGUUUCCUGAACAAUGUCUAAGAGAGAAAAUGUCCUUCAGAUUUCCUGAGCAGGUUCUAAAGCCCAGACAGAAAGAGACUGUCAAAAUGGCCAUUGAAGAAAUCUUCCAACACAUCUUCUAUAUCUUUAGCAAAAAUAUGACUCUGGCUGCUUGGGAUGGGACAGCUUUAGAACAAUUCCAAAAUGGACUUUAUCAGCAAAUUGAGCAAUUGGAGGCAUGUGUAAUCAAGAAGAAAACCCACUAUUUUUGGAGUAAAGAAGUCAACAGGCUGAAACUGAAAAAGUACUUCCAAAAAAUAGACUGUUUUCUUAAAGACAAACAACACAACCUGUGCUCCUGGGAGAUCAGCCGUGCAGAAAUGAGGAGAUGUCUUCAAUUGAUUGAUAAAGUCAUAAGGAGGCUUAACAACUAA